AUGGACACGCAAUUACAUAUGAAUGACGACAUUGGUUUUGUAAGAUCGCUGUACCUCCACGUCCGUUCUCCGCUCCUGCCCCCCGUCGCCGCGUCCCUUGCGCAAUUGCCACCAUUGCGUCGCGCCGCGCGCUGUCCUCUCCAUCCCCCUCCCCUCCCCAUCCCCCCUCUUCUCCCUGUUCCCACUCUUCUCCCCAUCCUCCCUCUCCUCCCAAUCCUUCUUUUCCUCCCCAUUCCACCUCUCCUCCCCAUCCCGCACCAGGCCGCGGCGGCGGGCGCGGGGGCGGCAGCGCCAGGAGGCGGUGAGGGGGCGGCGGGGGGCAGCCCGGCGGGGGCGGGGCUGGCGGAGCGAGUGGUGGCGUUUCAGCGCGCGUUCUGGAAAUUCCUCCGCCCGCACACCAUCCGCGGCACCGUGCUCGGCACCUCCGCGGUGGUGGCGCGCGCGCUGCUGGAGAGCCCGCAGGCGAUCGACUGGGGGCUGAUGCCGCGCGCACUGAGAGGGCUGCUGGCGCUGCUGUGUGGUAAUGGGUACAUCGUGGGCAUCAACCAGAUCUAUGACACUGACAUUGACAGGUGCGAGCUGGCAGUAAAAGCACAGGGGGGUGACGAGGGGCGAGGGACAGGAGGAGGGUUGCUAUGCAGGCAUGAGAGAGUGAGGCAACCUCCAUACCCUGUGCCCCCUCCCUCUGUGCCCCCUCCCUCUGUGCCCCCUCCCUCUGUGCCCCCUCCCUCUGUGCCCCCUCCCUCUGUGCCCCCUCCCUCCAAGGGUGAACAAGCCGUUCCUGCCAGUGGCAGCGGGCGAGCUCUCCCCAACCCUCGCGGCUCUCCUGUGACUGCUGCUCUGCUCUCAGCCGGCGGCCUGGCCAUCGUGGCGCUCAACUUCGGGCGGCUCAUCACGGGGCUGUACGCGCUGGGGCUUUUGAGUCGACUCAAAAGUCACCUCAUCACGGGGCUGUACGCGCUGGGGCUGCUGCUGGGCACCGGUGAACAAGCCGUUCCUGCCAGUGGCAGCAGGCGAGCUCUCCCGCACGCCCGCCGCGCUCCUCUGCCUGCCCUGCUGCUCUCUGCAGGCGGCCUGACGAUACCCGCGCUCAACUUUGGCUGGCUAAUAAUGGGGCUGGCCUGCUGCUCGGAACCGGUGAACAAGCCGUUCCUGCCAGUGGCAGCAGGCGAGCUCUCCCCAACCCUCGCCGCGCUGCUCUGUCUGCUGCUCUCAGCUGCCGGCCUGGCCAUCGUGGCGCUCAACUUUGGGCGGCUCAUCACGGGGCUGUACGCGCUGGGGCUGCUGCUGGGGACCGUGUACUCGGUGCCGCCGCUGCGCCUCAAGCAGUAUCCCCUCCCAGCCUUCCUCAUCAUCGCCACGGUGCGCGGGUUCCUGCUCAACUUCGGCGUGUACUAUGCCACACGCGCUGCACUCGGCCUGCCCUUCGCCUGGAGUCCGUCGAUAGUGUUCAUAACGUGCUUCGUGACGCUGUUCGCCACUGUCAUCGCCAUCACCAAGGACCUGCCUGACAUCGAGGGCGACAGGCAGUUCAAGAUAGAGACCUUCGCCACGCGCCUGGGGGUGCGCAACAUCGCCUUCCUGGGCUCGGGGCUGCUCAUCGCCAACUACUGUGGCGCCGUCGCUGCCGCCCUGCUGCUGCCACAUGUGAGCACCACUGGUCACUGCCAUGCCUGGGUGUUGCUGGGUGUGGCUGGGUGUGGCUGGGCGUGGGCGUUUCGCCAGGCUGUCAUGAUUCCCGCCCAUCUGCUCCUCGCUGCUGCUCUCGUCUACCAGACGUGGAAGUUGGAUGCAGCAGCCUACACCAAGGAUGCCAUUGCACGCUUCUAUCAGUUCAUCUGGAACCUGUUCUAUCUCGAAUACUGCUUGCUGCCCAUCAUUUAA